CUUUCACCUCACACAUCCAUAUCUCUUUUUGCCAGGAAAGUAAAUAAUCACUGUGAUUCUAAUAAACAAAUUAAUAACCUCGAGUGAUGUUGUAAUGGACCUUCUCUUAGUGGAGAAGUCUCUCAUCGCCGUCUUCGUGGCGGUGGUUCUAGCCACAGUGGUUUCCAAGCUCCGCGGCAAGAAACUGAAGCUACCUCCUGGUCCUAUACCUAUUCCUAUCUUCGGAAACUGGCUCCAGGUCGGAGAUGAUCUCAACCACCGUAAACUCGUGGACUACGCUAAAAAGUUCGGAGACCUCUUCCUUUUCAAGAUGGGUCAGCGAAACAUAGUGGUCGUCUCUUCCCCCGAUCUAACCAAGGAAGUACUCCACACACAAGGCGUAGAGUUUGGUUCCCGACACAGAAACAUGGUGUACGAUAUCUUCACCGGGAAGGGACAAGACAUGGUGUUCACCGUGUAUGGUGAGCACUGGAGGAAGAUGCGACGUAUCAUGACGGUUCCCUUCUUCACCAACAAAGUGGUUCAGCAGAAUCAUGAAGGGUGGGAGUUCGAAGCCGCGAGCGUUGUGGAGGAUGUGAAGAAGAAUCCUGACGCAGCUACGAAAGGGAUCGUGGUGAGGAAGCGUUUGCAGUUGAUGGUGUAUAACAACAUGUUCGGUAUCAUGUUCGGUAAGAGGUUUGAGAGUGAAGAUGAUCCUCUCUUCCUUAGGCUCAAGUUCUUGAACGGAGAGAGAGGCAGGUUGACUCAGAGCUUUGAGUACAACUAUGGCGAUUUCAUCCCUAUCCUCAGACCGUUCUUGAGAGGGUAUUUGAAGAUCUGCCAGGAUGUGAAGGAUCGAAGAUUUGCGCUCUUCAAGAAGUACUUUGUUGACGACAGGAAGCAAGUUCCGAGCGCUAAGCCUACAGGAAGUACUGGAGGAUUGAAAUGCGCCAUUGAUCACAUCCUUGAAGCUCAAAACAAGGGAGAAAUCAACGAUGAUAACGUUCUUUACAUCGUUGAGAACAUCAAUGUCGCUGCGAUUGAGACAACACUAACGUCUAUGGAGUGGGGAAUAGCAGAGCUAGUGAACCAUCCUGAAAUCCAGAGCAAGCUAAGGAACGAAAUCGACACGGUUCUUGGACCAGGCGUGCAUGUCACGGAGCCUGCGCUUCACAAGCUUCCGUACCUCCAAGCUGUGAUAAAAGAGACCAUCCGUAGAAGAAUGGCUGUUCCUCUCCUCGUGCCUCACAUGAACCUCAAAGACGCUAAACUCGCUGGCUACGACAUUCCAGCAGAAAGCAGAAUCUUGAUCAAUGCCUGGUGGCUAGCAAACAACCCUGACAGCUGGAAUUCGCCUGAAGAGUUUAGACCCGAGAGGUUCCUCGAAGAAGAGGCGCAUGUGGAAGCAAACGGUAAUGACUUCAGGUAUGUACCGUUUGGUGUUGGACGUAGAAGCUGUCCUGGGAUUAUAUUGGCCUUGCCCAUUUUAGGAAUCACCAUUGGUAGGUUGGUUCAGAACUUCGAGCUCCUUCCUCCUCCCGGACAGUCUAAAAUCGAUACCUCUGAGAAAAGUGGACAGUUCAGCUUGCAGAUCCUUAACCAAUCCACAAUAGUAAUGAAACCAAGGGCCUUCUGAGAAAAGUAAUUUCUGCCAAAUGACUUCUUGUUAUGUGAAUGGCAUUAUAACUAUGUUUUUUGUAUAACCUGUUGAAUAUUGUGUAAAAUGUUGAAGGGUUCGUUCCAUGGUUGCAAGAAUAAGUGGUGUACAUUGUUUUGAAUAAACAUUGUUGUUAUAUCAUUUUAAAUUCUUAA